AACAGAGGAUGGGACUUGAAAAGAGCACUGGACAUCAUUUAGACCAAACCACUCUAGAGGGUGUUUCUUCUGACAUAUGCUGUGCUGAGAUCGGAAACAUUUUGGACUUUUGGAACAAUAAGUGAAUGUUUUUCUUUAGAUUGACUGAUUUAAGUGUAUGUAAGGAUUUGGAGAGCUACAUCCUUGUAACUCAGCUGGACUUGUGCUGAGCCAUCAUACCAGCUCAGGAUGGGCAAGACUGAAGACUCUGGAGUGCAGGAGAGACCCAAAUGGGACAACAAGGUUCAGUACCUGUUAACAUGUAUUGGCUUUGCAGUGGGACUUGGAAACGUCUGGCGUUUUCCCUACCUAUGUCAAAUCUAUGGAGGAGGUGCAUUCCUCAUUCCCUAUCUGAUCGCGCUGGUAUUUCAGGGCAUCCCUCUGCUCUACCUGGAGCUGGCCAUAGGACAGAGGCUCCGCUUAGGCUGCAUCGGUGUCUGGAACUCCAUCUCACCACUGCUUGGUGGAGUUGGAAUUGCCUCUAUGAUUGUGUCAUUCCUGGUGAGUAUUUUCUACAACACAAUCCUGGCUUGGGUGCUCUGGUACUUCUUUCACUCUUUCCAAAACCCCCUGCCGUGGAGCCAGUGUCCAAUCAAUGAGAGCCGCACAGGCUACGACGAAGAGUGUCAGAAGAGCACACCAGUGAAUUACUUCUGGUACCGUGAGACACUGAACAUCACACCUGACAUUGAGAUCAGUGGCUCCUUGCAGUGGUGGAUGGUCGUUUGUCUGGCCAGCGCCUGGUGUGUGGUCUUCAUCUGCUUCAUCAAAGGCAUCGAGUCCGUGGGAAAGGCUGUAUACGUGACAGCCACAUUCCCUUACCUAGUGCUGACUAUUUUCCUGAUCCGUGCUCUCACUCUGCCCGGAGCGACUGAUGGACUGUUGUACCUCUUCACUCCUGAUUGGAACAUACUGAUGGAUCCUCGGGUUUGGCUGGAUGCUGCUACCCAGAUCUUCUUCUCUCUCUCUCUGGCCUUUGGAGGCCUCAUAGCUUUCUCAAGCUAUAAUCCAGAGAGAAACAACUGUGAGAGGGAUGCUGUUGUAGUUGGAGUAAUAAAUAGUGCCACAUCUCUCUAUGCCUCUAUUUCCAUCUUCUCCAUCCUGGGAUUUAAAGCUACCACCGCCUUCAACAGCUGUCGAACAGAGAACAUCUUGGCUCUGACCAACCAUUUUCAUAUUUCAGACCAGAAUAUAACUCUUGUAAACUAUGACAAGUGGGUUGAAUAUCUCGAUACAACAUAUCCAGAUGAGGUGGGCAGUUUGCAGCUGAGGGUCUGUGAACUGCAAAGAUUCCUUGACCAGAGCGCGUCAGGUACUGGUCUGGCUUUUAUUGCGUUCACCGAAGCAGUGCUGGAGAUGCCAGGCUCGCAGGUAUGGGCCAUUCUCUUCUUCGUCAUGCUCUUCAGCUUGGGCCUCUCCUCCAUGUUUGGUAACUUAGAGGGAGUCCUCACACCCAUUAAAGACCUCAAACUACUGCCCAAGUGGAUCCCUUUGGAGGCUGUAACAGCGGUCAUCUGCUUGUUAUCCUUCCUGAUCAGUCUCAUCUUCACCCUGGGUUCUGGGAACUACUGGGUGGAGGUCUUUAACAGCUACGUGGGCUCUGUGCCUCUGCUCAUCAUCGCAUUUUUUGAGAUUAUUGGAGUCAUUUAUGUGCAUGGAAUGAAAAAUUUCAGUGAAGAUAUCUAUUUCAUGACUGGGUCGAAGCCAAACAUCUACUGGAAGGCCUGCUGGAUGGUGAUUAGUCCUUUAAUGCUUGCUGUGGUUUUGGUUGCUUAUGUGAUCGUCCAGGCAGAGAAACACCCCACCUAUCCUGCUUGGGACCCAUCUUAUGAAUUAUUCCCUGAAACUGAUGUGAGGCCCUACCCAGACUGGGUGUUUGCCAUCAUCAUCCUCCUCUCUACAGUACCUGUGAUUCCCAUCCCUCUGGUGGCUCUUUACAGACUGAUCUGCCGGAGAAGAGUGUCCUCUGCUCGCACUGAGCCAAAUCCCUACAGCAAUGACGGCUUUGAGAUUGAAACACAGGAGCAGUACAGCCGAAGAGAUGAGAAACUGUAAUGCAUUCAUGAACUUAAAAGUAUCUCCUGAUUACUAUCAUGGCUUAUUUGGAAUUUCCAUCUUAAUUCACUGAGCAUUUUAUCAGUCACGCUGAACUCAAACCUCUUGAGUUUCCUCAAUAACAAAACUGUAUUUAUUCAAUUGUGAAUUCUUUCCUUUGUACAUUGCUGUGUAGUGUACAUAUAUAUUUACAGACAUACCGGUAAAUAACAUUCAACACAUUUAACAUUUAACACAUUAUUAUGUGACAAAUAGCACGCUGGUUGAAAAUUAACCAAGCCUUACAUCUGAACAUAAAGUCUUACACUCAUUCAAAGUGACACAAAAUUGCAUAAGUUCACCAAAAGACAGAAAUUCAGUUUCAAAAUUUCAAAAUGUUGAAACCCCCCCCGCCCAAAAAAAAAACGAACAAAAAAAAAAAGGGGGUACAUACGCUGCUUCAGUCGUUUAGGAGAAUGACGAUGUGAAGACACUCUACUCUGUAUAUGCAUGGGGUGAGUAAACAAUGACUGAAUA